CUAUAUACUCAAAAUUAAGGGAAAGAAACUUAUCCAUUUUAUUUAAUUUUUCUCUGUCUUAGAGUUCAGAUUUGUGAUUGCGAUUACGACCACGAUCACCAUCUUCGCCACUAAUUUGCCUUCUCUCUAUCUUGAAUGUUGCUUCUGUCUAAUCAACACUUUUCCAUGACCUUUGCUUUUGAUUUUCAUCACACCACACCACGCUUCUCUGCUUUUCAAAACCAAAUAUGAAGUCACCUUCUCGAGCUUUGUCUGGUGGUGAUUCAAAGAGUAAAAGAUCAUGUCUUUAUGCCAUGUUCCCGGCAGUUUCUUUAAUUUGUGCUGUUAUAAUUUUCACGAGUUUGAUCUUCUCAUCACAGCUGAGGCUAUCAAGCUGGAAAAUAGACGCUCAACAAACUGCAACAGUUGAUAAAUGCAAGAACCAGUGCAGGCCUAAGGGUAGUGAGGCAUUACCUGCAGGCAUAGUGUCCUCCACUUCCAGUUUCGAUUUGCGACCUCUUUGGGAUCCUCCCACGCCUAGAAAGAGAGGUCAUCACACUGUAGAACCUGCUGAAGGUGCUGCAGAAGAUAAGCUAAAUGCAUCCAGCAGUUUGUUUGCGAUGGCAGUUGGGAUAAAGCAGAAAGACCUUGUGGACAAAAUGGUCAAAAAGUUUCUAGAAAGUAAUUUCACUGUGAUGCUCUUCCACUAUGAUGGUGCUGUUGAUGGAUGGAAUGAUCUUGAGUGGAAUAGUCGUGUCAUUCAUGUGUCAGUAAACGGUCAAGGCAAAUGGUGGUUUGCAAAACGUUUCUUACACCCUGACAUAGUUGAAGACUAUGAUUACAUUUUCCUUUGGGAUGAGGACCUGGGAGUGCAAUACUUCCACCCAGAUAGGUAUAUUUCUAUUAUCAAACUUGAAGGGUUAGAGAUAUCACAGCCAGCACUGGAUCCUAAGAACUCAGAAGUGCAUCAUCAGAUUACUGCACGUUUGAGGAGAUCAACAGUGCACAGAAGGACCUUCAGAGCUGGUAAUGAUGGUAAAGGGUGUGAUAAAAACAGUACAGCUCCACCUUGUACAGGGUGGAUAGAAAUGAUGGCUCCUGUUUUCUCAAGAGCUGCAUGGCGUUGUGUUUGGUAUAUGAUUCAGAAUGAUUUGAUCCAUGCAUGGGGUCUAGACAUGCAGCUUGGCUACUGUGCUCAGGGUGAUCGAACAAAAAGCGUUGGUGUUGUGGAUUCUGAAUACAUUAUCCACUACAAUCGUCCCACCCUCGGAGGAGUAGAUCAGACUGUGCUUAAACCUCAGGAAAAGGAUCACAGAGUAGACGUGAGGAGACUUUCUUACCGGGAAUUAGAUAUUUUUAGGAAACGUUGGGAAAAGGCAGUUAAGGAGGAUGAAUGUUGGGUGGAUCCAUUUCCACAGUCAGAGUAAGAAUUGGAUUGGCAGACAAAUUUUAUGUAAGUUUUGUACAGAAAAAAACAUAUUAUAUGUGAACAGAAAUGCUACUUGAAGCUUCAGCAAGGGUGGAUCAUGAGUAAGACAUACAGAGAAAGCUUAUAAGAUCACAUGGACAUGACUCCUGGAAUAAUUUUUUUUUCUUAAAUAAGCUGGGUGCCUUCAGUGAAAAUUUUCCUCCUUUUAUUGGAUCAGCUUUGAAGGGAAAUAAAAUAAUGAUAAGAGGGUAGUUAGAAACAUGUAA